AUGAAGUAUUUUCCUGUCCAACUACCCCAGAUGAAUGGAGAGAAGUGGCACGGACUUACGCUGACAGAUGGAACUUACAUCAUGUCUGCGGAGCCUUGGACGGAAAACACGUGGCCAUCAGAAAUCCACCAGGCUCUGGUUACGAUCUAUUACAACUACAAGGGUUUCUACAGCCUCAUCCUCUUGGCCCUAGUUGAUGGCAAUUACAAGUUCCUCUGGGCUGACGUUGGUAAUCCCGGUUCAUCAUCGGAUGCCCAGGUCUUCAACCACAGCCCGCUGAGACGUGGACUGGAGAAUGGUACUCUUGGCCUGCCAGAUCCAGAGCCCCUACCAGAUGAUGACCGAGACACCCUUUACUUCUUAAUUGGGGACGACGCCUUCCCUCUCAGGACAUGGAUGCAGAAGCCGUACUCCAACCGUGAGCAGACCGACGAGGAGAGAAUCUUCAACUACCGUCUCUCGAGGGCUCGCCGUGUGGUGGAGAACAGCUUUGGCAUCCUUGCCCAUCGCUGGAGAUGCUUGUUGAGUACCCUACAGCUUGAUCCAGAAAAAGCCAGGACAGUCAUUAUGGCCUGCAUGUGCCUUCACAACCUAAUGAGAGAUCGUUUUCCUGGGCUUCAGAACAUUGACGUUGACCAUGAAGAUGAGUUGGGCAACCACAUCCCUGGGGCAUGGAGAAACGCAGCAGUUCUGCAGGAACGAGUUGGCGGAGGCUACCAGGCAAACAAAGAGGGCAAGAAGCUGAGAACUUACCUGAAGCACUACUACAACAGUCCAGUUGGAAGCCUGCCCUGGCAACAACACAUGAUAUAG